AUGCAUGUGGAGGACUAUUGGUGGUGGAAACCAUCCACUUUUGGCCUAUCUGUGAUUAGGUGUUGUUUACCUUCUGAUUUGAUGAGGGGAAACAAAAAAGAAGAGAAAAAAGGGGGAGGGGGCCUUGUCAUUUUCUCGGAGUGCUAUCUGCAUACUAAAGCUCCAAAGAAGGUGGUCACCUUUUGUUUGAACAGAGUUCUAGCCGGAGACAAUACAAAAAGGAGAAUCUGUAAUGUUUUGUUCUAUCAUCUUUUAACCUGUUUUCCAUUCUGUCCUCUCUUAAGUGAAGGGGCGUUGAAUGAGCAAUUCACCAUUGAGGGCAUUAACCUCAGAGGACAAACUUUGUGGUGUUCUAACAGCGGCAGGUCAAACAAGAAAGUGAUGAAUAAAAUUCGCUGA